UAUACGAACUACGAACGCUUCACUUGUGUUUUUUUAUAAUUUUACUGUCAUUAAAACUGAUAAUUUGAUGCAUUAUUCGUAUGCAACAGAUAUUUUGACAUAAUAUUGUAUUCUAUUAUGUGAUUCUAUAGUGUGUUAGUGCAUUCAAGUGCGAGUUCUAACUAAAAUCAAUAAUAAUCAGUGACCAACAAAGUGAUCAAGAUGAAUUAUGAUGCAGAAAGAGCGAUGAAUCAAAAGCGAUUGAGGAUGGAGGGAGAACCGGGGCACGGUGUCGUGCAAGGAAAUGGAUUACCACUUAAUUAUAUAGAUAAUGGUCAUCAGAUACCGUACCAACCGUAUGCGGGCGCUUACAACACUCAUUACCCUCCGCCCGAUGCUUUCGCGGCAUACGGGCCUCCACCCCCGGGCGGCUAUGCCCCGCAGAAUCUGUCGUACGCGCCGCCCGCGCACCAAAACUACGCUCAUCACCAGAGCUUUCCGCCGCAACAGCCGCCUCAGGCGCAGUUACAUAUGCCUCAGUCACAUAUGGUGCAAGGUUAUGGGCCGGAGGUUGUGCACAAACCAGCUUGGGCACCACAGCCACAGCUCCUCCCCCCACUGGAUGCACAGAAACCACUUGAUAUCAAACACCUUAAGCCUGAGAUCAAACUGGAGCCUACUGAUGCACACAAACGGUCACAUCCUGAAGCAGAAAUAAUGAGCGGUGAUCUGGAUCAGCCAAAAAUAAAAAUAAAAACAGAUAUAUUCAAGCCGGACGACCUUGUUCACAGACCUGAUAUAGAGAAGCCACACGAUAUAUCUCAGAAGGUAAUAGAUGUACAGAAAGCACCAGAAUUAUUGCAAAACAAAGAUGAAAGUCAAACACAGUUGAGGACGGACAGUAUAGUGGGGGAUAAAAUUAUUGAAGCAGCAAAACUAGAAGGUGUAGACAAAAUGUGCGGCGAGCUACCGCGUCCCGCCAUGCCUGUAGCCCUCGCCGCGCCCGCACCUACCCCGCUCGACAAGUGUGAAGAAGACAGGAAACCAUUCAGCAGUCCCGACAUUCCGAAGCCCGGCGCCGCCAUGACCCCCGGCAAGAUCACCACGCCCGGCCUGGAGCCGAAGAAGCGCGGUCGUCCAAAAGGUUCAACGAACAAGCCGAAGCCGCCGGGCACCCCGCUGCGGGCCUCCGCCCCGGGGCCGGGCGUCUCUCCCCUGCGCGGCGCCGCCCCACCGCCCCGCGCACCACUCCCCGCGCCACGCCCCCGCAACCCCGCCUACCAGUUCGCGGUGCGACCCUGCAGGAAAGAUUUCUCAGGGAUACAGUUUAAAAGGCGGUGGAGCGACGACUGCCUGGACUCGUCGCACAUCCCCAACGAGGUGUACUUCGGUGACGUGCCGGUGCCGCUCUCCGUGUUGUACAACUACUACGACGCGAACGCGGAGCGCGAGCGGCUGGCGGCGCAGGCUGCGCACAUCGCCGCGCAGAAGGCCGCCGCCGCCAAGCUCGCCGCCGCCAAGAUGCACCAGCGCCCGCUCGGACCGCUCGGACCAUCGGCUGAGGUGACGACGGUGGACUCGUCGUCGGACGACGACUCGACCGGCUCGUCCGGCAGCGACUCGGGAGAUAGCGACGAUGAUCAGCCCCUGAAGCGCGGGCCGGGUCGGCCGAAGGGGUCGAAGAACUCGACGCCGCGUACGCCGAGCGCGCCGGGGAGCGGGGCGGCGACGGGCACGACGGGCCGCCGCGGCCGCCCCCCCGUCCCGCCCGAGCUGCGCCAGCCCGGCAUCACAGAUAUGAAGAAGUUCUGCAAGGCCGCCGGAAUACGCUUCGACUACAAGAAGCUCGUCGAAGGGUGCACAAAGAACAAGGAGCGCGUGGCGAAGAUGCAGGAGCUGCUGGAGGCGGCGGGGCUGCAGGGCAAGCCCACGCUGGAGGCCUGCCGCGCCCUCAAGCAGGCGAAGCUCGACCGCAAGCAGCAGCAGCAGCAGGCCAAGAGGGAGGCCAAGGCCAAGCACAAACAGGAGGACUCGGAGGGCGGCGAGGGCGGGGAGGGCGAGGGAGGCGCGGUGUCGCGGCGCAUGACGCGCGGCGCCACCGGGGUGAAGCCGCGGCAACGCAUCGUGAUAUCCUCGGACGAGGAGGACGACACGCCGGCCGCGCGCCGCACGCUCUCCAAGCUGCGCUCCAGCGUCAACGACCACUCAGAUUCCGACUAGGUACAUCGGGUGAGCGGGGUGUGCGGGGUGUGCGGGGUGCGAUAGUGCCGGCGGGGCGCUGCGGCUGAGCGCGGCGGGGCGCUGCGUCUGAGCGCGCUCGGCGCAACAAGAACCUUCUAGAAAGUGCUUCGACGAGGUUUCCAGUGCCUCUCAAAGACAACGGUCGUGUGAACAGUGUCGCACAACAGUUUCCUACUAAUUUUAGGUUAUUUGGUGAAAAUGAAGUGCAGAACAUAAUAUGUGGACGUAGUGUAGUGAAGUGCUCCCAACUGCUUUUUGUUGUAAGUACACUUUUCUUUAUGAAUUCAUUUAUUUUCUCCAUCUGUUACAUAGAAAUAUGUAUCACUGUAGAAGUGGAUGACUACAUCUACAAUGUCCACGGUGCUCACUGUUAACUAUAUACCUAUAAUCUGUGAACAGAUGUUAUCUAACAAAGCACCAUUAUGUAGCAAACAUUAUAAAAUGUUCAUUUAUUUUUCUGUUCACUUCAAAUAUAUAAAAGCAGCUAAAUCAUAAUUUGUGUGUGUAUUAAUUUAAUAUAUUGUUGUAAAGUUUAAAGUACAAGUGUGUGUAUGUAUGUUUUUAUUUAUAUGUAUUAUAUAUAACGCACAAUGAUAUAACAUCUAUAUGUUUAAACUUUAUUGCAUCAACAACUCAAACAUAUUGACAUUCAAAUAUAACAUUUUAUUUUUU